UCAGUGACUGACUCAUCCUGAAGUUUAGCUCUCUCAGGUGCCGCCUCCCGACGUGACGCACGGUGACGUCAGCCGCCUGACGGACAGGUAAGCUGACACCGGCCGCCAUAUUGGGAAAGAACGGAAGCAAGAGAGAGAGAGAGAGAGAGAGAGAGAGAGAGAGAGAUUGUAGAGGUGGAGCAGUUUCCGAGAAAAGGGCGUCCUCCCUUCAUGUUUGUCUCCCCGGAGGAGGAAGGGGCGGUCUCUGCGCCACACCAUAGCCGGAAUUAGCCCCUGCUCGCUCGGCUCGGCUCGGUUCGCGUCCCGCCGACUCAGAAACGGGACCACAGACCGAGAGAAAGUGAGGGAGAGAGGCUCGCAACAUUUUACCAGGAAGAGAAGAAGCAGAAAGAGAGAGAAGACGGCCGGAGUUUAAAGAGGCUACGGAGAGCAGCGGGAAUUAAACCGAAGAAGAAGAGGAGGAGGAGGAGCGGGAGCCCCAGGAGAAGAAGAAGAUGCCUCUGGCUCAGCUGGCGGAUCCCUGGCAGAAGAUGCCGGUGGGGGGGACGGCUGGAGAGGAGGCGCACCACGACCCGGAAGACGCAGCGGGGGACGACGACUCGAUGCCGGCCUGCACCGAUGACGUCCCCAUCAAAGAGAUCAGCAUCACCCACCAUGUGAAGGAGGGGUCGGAGAAGGCCGACCCGCGGCAGUUUGAGCUCCGGAAGGUUCUGGGUCAGGGUUCGUUUGGGAAGGUGUUUCUGGUGAGGAAGGUCACAGGACCGGACGCAGGUCAGCUCUACGCCAUGAAGGUCCUGAAGAAAGCCACGCUGAAAGUUCGCGACCGGGUCAGAACCAAGAUGGAGAGGGACAUCCUGGUGGAGGUCAACCACCCCUUCAUCGUCAAGCUCCAUUACGCGUUUCAGACGGAGGGGAAGCUUUACCUCAUCCUGGACUUCCUGAGAGGAGGAGACCUGUUCACCCGCCUCUCCAAGGAGGUCAUGUUCACCGAGGAGGACGUGAAAUUCUACCUGGCGGAGCUCGCUCUGGCGCUCGACCACCUUCACGGCCUCGGCAUCAUUUACAGAGACCUGAAGCCUGAAAACAUCCUGCUGGACGAGGCCGGACACAUCAAGCUGACAGACUUCGGCCUGAGCAAAGAGUCAAUAGACCACGAGAACAAGGCCUACUCUUUCUGCGGGACGGUGGAGUACAUGGCGCCCGAGGUGGUGAACCGGCGGGGGCACACGCACAGCGCCGACUGGUGGUCGUACGGCGUACUCAUGUUUGAGAUGCUGACGGGAACGCUGCCGUUCCAAGGCAAAGACCGGAAGGAGACGAUGACAAUGAUCCUCAAAGCCAAGCUGGGAAUGCCGCAGUUCCUCAGCUCGGAAGCUCAGAGUCUCCUCAGGAACCUGUUCAAACGCAACCCAGCCAACAGACUGGGCGCCGGCCCGGACGGCGUGGAGGAAAUCAAGAGGCAUUCGUUCUUCAGCCGGAUCGACUGGAACAAACUUUUCCGCAGAGAAAUUUCUCCCCCGUUCAAACCGGCCGCCGGUCGACCUGACGACACUUUCUACUUUGAUCCCGAGUUCACGGCGAAAACGCCCAGAGACUCGCCAGGCGUCCCACCCAGCGCCAACGCCCAUCAGCUCUUCAGAGGCUUCAGCUUCGUGGCCAUAACGGAGGAAGAGCCGACGCCGAUGCCCAAUACCAUCGUACAGCAGCUUCACAGAAGCACGUCUCAGUAUUCGGACACCUACGAGAUCAAAGAGGACAUCGGCGUCGGCUCCUACUCCAUCUGCAAGCGCUGCAUCCACAAAGUCACCGGCAUGGAGUACGCCGUGAAGAUCAUCAACAAGGCCAAGAAGGAUCCAACAGAGGAAGUGGAAAUCCUGCUGAGAUACGGACAGCAUCCGAACAUCAUCACCCUGAAGGACGUGUAUGACGACGGCCGCUCGGUGUUCCUGGUGACGGAGCUGAUGAAGGGAGGAGAGCUGCUGGAUAAGAUCCUGAGGCAGAAGUUCUUCUCUGAGCGGGAAGCCAGCGCCGUGCUCUACACCAUCACCAAGACCGUGGAGUAUCUGCACGUCAACGGGGUGGUGCACAGGGACCUGAAGCCCAGCAACAUCCUGUAUGUUGACGAGAGCGGCAACGCCGAGUCCAUCCGGAUCUGCGACUUCGGUUUCGCCAAACAGCUGAGAGCCGAGAACGGCCUGCUCAUGACGCCGUGCUACACCGCCAACUUCGUCGCUCCAGAGGUGUUGAAGAAGCAGGGAUACGACGCAGCCUGUGACAUCUGGAGUCUGGGCGUUCUGCUCUACACCAUGCUAACAGGCUUUACUCCUUUUGCUAACGGUCCAGACGACACACCAGAGGAGAUUCUGGCUCGGAUCGGCAGUGGGAAGUUCUCCCUCACUGGAGGAUACUGGAACUCUGUCUCCACCGAAGCAAAGGAUCUGGUGUCUAAGAUGCUGCAUGUAGAUCCUCAUCAGCGACUGACGGCGGCUCAAGUCCUCAGACAUCCCUGGGUGAUGCACCGAGAGCAGCUGCCCAAAUACACCCUGAACAGGCAGGAUGCACCACACCUGGUCAAGGGCGCCAUGGCCGCCACCUACUCGGCCCUGAACCGGAACGUUCCCCCGGUCCUGGAGCCGGUGGGCUGCUCCACUCUGGCCCAGCGGAGGGGGGUGAAGAAGAUCACCUCCACCGCUCUUUGACUUCCUCCUCCUUCUCUUCCUCCUGUCAACUCUGACCUCGAUCUGAUCGCCUCCGGACCUCCCCGCGGUCCGGUCUGGUAGGACAGACUACUGAUGGACCUGAGAGCCGCUUACGCCAAAUAGAAGCACACCCCGUCUCCGCCCCGCCCUGCACCUUACCGGGUUCUCCUGACUCCCAGCUUUAGCAUCACCAAUCAACACAAACACAAACCGUGGACCCGUGGACCCGUGGAACCGGCCUCUGCUUCGGACAAUCAGCGCUUCCUCGCCACUGCGAGGCUGCGUCAGGAAAACAAGAGUAUUUAUUAACCUCAGACGGGGAAAUCAUAGGAACAAGGUAAGGUAGGCGUUCUGAAGAGCUAGGAUCUUUGUUAUCUGUGUAGUUGUAGAUUCUGCAUUUAAACCUCAAGUAGCCUCUGAGACGGACAGAAGUCCAGAUCAGCUCAGGAAGCAGCCGCCUGGGACUGUCGCUGCUCGCCUUUUAAAGGGAAACCAACGUCUCACUAAGAUCCGUUCUGUUGGGAAAACUUUUCUUUUUCCACUUUUUCAUCUUUAGGAACAAAACAGCAAAAUGUUUCAAACAUUCACCACCGAAACCUUCGUUUCCGCCAACAUUUAUCCAAAAACCAACAUGGAAAAUACUCUGGAAUCAAACUGUGAACGACUUAAAUCUGCAAAAAGAGUUUUCUGACAUUAUGCUGCCCCCUAGUGACCACAACAGGUAUAACAAGCCAUUUUUCGCCUCUGUUAUUUUGUCUACUUCAUUUUUUUCGUUUUUGGAAUAAGAUAAAUUUAUAUUUGACACCCAACAUCAUGAACAUUUUUGGUUACUAUCUAACCUGAUCAGAAACAGAUUUAUGCAGAUUAGGGAGCAACUAAAUCUGUGGUGUUCAGUUUUUCUCCUUUAGUUUUUGGAAAUAAAAAUGAAGUUAAAAUUUCAGUGAUGUCAGAAAAAAUAAGUUGCUAUUUUUCCCUCAAUACUAAAAAACAUUAUAUGUAAAAUAAAUAUAAACUUGUAGUAAUGUUUGCAAUAACGUUUGGUAGUAAAAUAGACGAUGUUUAUGUACAUUUAUUGUAAAAAUACAGAUGUUUCCUGAUGUGUCUCCAUGUGAAGCAGUGAGAAACCCGGCGCUGUUGGACCUCUGCUGCUCAGCCACAUUUUACAUCAGAAACAUCGUUUAAAGUUUAAGCACUCGACUCCAUUAGCAUUUUGAUACAUUUAUACUUUUUACAAGGUUUUAUUUUGAGUUUGAUGAACUUUUUAGAGUUUUUAACCUCAGAAAGUUUAACUGUGUGAUGAUGAUACGCACUUUAGAUUUUGACCUUUUUUUCUAUUUAAAUAAUUUCCUGGCACAGUUUCAUCUCUACAGUUAAAAUUUAUACAUCAAAACGUUGGUAUUUCUGUCCUCUUCGACCCGAUGUGUCUCUCACUGCUGUAGCACUUUUGGUUUGCAGUCAAAUCACCUCAGAGUUCAGAGUUCACACACACAACUGAAUUCACCCCCACUGUAUUUCCUCUAUCGAAAUUAUCAUUGAAGAGCCUCUUUUAGCCGCCAUAUCUCCAUAUAAAUCGCUGUAGACGUAUAAAGUUUCUCACGUUAUGCUUUUCACGGUUUAAUGAUUAUUCAAUACAACUUACGGUUUUUGCACAGCAACUGUUUGCUUGAAUCUUAAACUCCUGGUUAUUUUUCUGUCUUUCACCCCAGAAAAGGCGGGAAUCACCAUGGCAACCUGUUAUUUUUUUGUUUUGUUUUUCCAGAAUGGCUGCCCAAGUUGCCACUAGAAUAAGCAUUUGUUAGGCCUUGGGAGACUGAACAGGAGGAAAUCUGAGCACCACUGAUUUAAAUCCCCUCCCAGAUUAAUAAUUCAGGAACCGUUUCAGGAUCUGAAAGCGGCUUCAAGCAUUUCCUGUCCGCCAUCUUUAGAUGGUGUAGAGCCGCCUGCUUCCUCACGGCGCCGCCUGAAGCUGGAUUUCUGCCUCAGUACCAGCCGUCGGUGCAGCAGAACUGUAAAUAUGAACAUGUUGGGCAACUCAGGUUUCUACGAAUCAAGACGAUGCAUUUUUGUAGGAGGAGGAGGUGAAAAAGCACAGGAACACGAGCAACACAGGCGAACAAAAGGCUCCUAAUAUCAGACGUUAAACAUUUUACACGUCCAGUUUUCUUUCCAGAUUUCUGUUUUCCUCUCAGUCUUAAAAAAGCGACCUCUAGAGGGUCUGGAGGUUUUGUUUUGAAAUCGAACUCUUCCGUUGUUGGUGUUGCGUUCCUGUGAUCUGUGUUCAGCAUUUAUGCCUGAUGAUGAUGAUGAUGAUGAUGAUCUGGCAGCAAACCCUUUAAAAACUGAGCAGAAAACAUUAAAAACAUUCCAGCUGUUGGCUUCACCCUGGAGGUCUAAUAGUUAGCAAGAUGCUAAUGUUUAGCAUCAUGCUAACUAUUAGCAUCAUGCUUGAUCUGUAGAUUCAACAGAAAACUAAUUUAUGCAACAAUUUUUCCAGAAAAUAAAUCCACCCUAAACAGAAGCUGAAUUACACUCCUCCAGCUGAGCCACCAGGGGGCGCUGCAUUCAUUUAAAUUCUUUGACCAAAUUAUUCAGCUUCUCUUCAGUGAAAUUAAUCCAUGUGUGAGUUUGCUUCUGGUGCAAAACGACGGAGUGAAAGUGUGAAAAGUCAGAAACUGUAAACCUGACGACCUCGGAGGCCCAUUUUCACCGGCGCUGAAAUAAAAAAUAAAACAUGUCAGAUAAACGUCUGAAUCAUAAACGAGUCGUUUUCUGGAUAAAUCAAAUUUGAUCAAUUAAAACAAGCAUUUCCUUACAGAAGUAAUAACAUAAAACUAUUUUUGAUUUCAAAUCAGAAUUUUAUAUGUAUAGCACAUUUCAGCAACAAAGCAUUUAAAGUGCUUUACAUGACAAAAAAAUGAUCAUAAAUGUCAUCUUUUUAAAUAGUUUUGCCCUUUUCUUCAGUAAUGACUCUAAGUCCACAUUUAGACUCUAAAGAUACUUUGUGAGUUUUAUUUGCUCUCCAUGUUUUUGUUUUAACUGGUGAAAUCGGGCCUCCACUGACGUCUGCGACUGAGUUUUUAAAAGCAAAAAUAAAUUUCUUCACAGCAGAAAUCCCACUUCUGUUGUCGUGGAAACAUUAAAAACUUUCUGUAGUCGUCUGAAUGUCAUCUUAAAGGGAUAAACUUCAGAGUUUCUUUAUGUUUUAUAUAUAACUAUUGAUUUAUGUUGAAUUUUGUUCAUUCUUCUGUCAAUGUACAGCUCUGGGAUAAAGAGAGAUAAAUAAAAUGACCUUUUCCGUAAUUAUAAACAGAGAAAUAGCUUUUUUCUCUUCAUCUCACUCUUCCUCUUUUCGUCUGAUUCUGUCAGAGAUGUAUUCAGCCCUGCUGCUACGCCAGCUCUCUGUUUUUGUACCUGCAGAGUUGGACUUUCUAUGAAAAACAAUAAAAAACAAUAAUCGAUAAAA